GGCAUGCUAUUGGUGAUCAGCAAGCGUAAAAUGGUAAAAGUGAUGUAUAUUAACUUGUUUACUUUAAACAAGAAUGUUGUAGUGUAUUAGUGUUUUUUUUUACUACAUAAUUAUUAGUUCUGGUUCGGAAUACAGUGUUAGAAGAUUAAAUAUCAAAUGAUAAGGCAGUUUAUGGUGAAACGUUUGGUAACUAAACACAUAGAGUGGUUUACAAAUAUUUGUCAGACAUGGAUCACACUGUUAAACGCACGUUAUCGUUAGAAACAGAUAUUCCCUUUUUGUUGGAAAACUUUCGAAUCUCAUCAAUUAGAGGUAUAAUACUGGCAAUGGUGUUUGCACUUGUGGUGGCCGUCGUAUUUCACACAUUGAAUUUUAUAAUUCAUUUCAGAGAAAGACACAUUUUAAACAGAAAAUCCAAUUGUUAUUAUUUUGCAACAACAGUUUUCCACACGAUAUCAUCGUUUCUUGCUUACGUCAUGGUUUAUUGUGUUAUGACGUAUAACGUCUGGCUGUUGGUCUCUAUCCUUCUUGGAUCUGGCAUAGGACAACUUAUCAUUGGACCAUUUAUAUCUAUUCGGCUUGAAAACAGCUACAUUUCUGCAAAGAACGAGUCCAAUGAUGUACUUACCGACCUUCUACCGGAAUAUGAUACUGAUAAUAUUAAUGAUGAUGUGAAUAAUCGCAACCUUGAUCCUGGUAGACAAAAUGGUGCUGUGAAACCAAAUUCAACUCCCAUUGAACUGAAAGAUUUUAUAAUCAACAAACCGAAUGAACAUGGUUAUAAGAGUUACAAUGGGAAUAACUUGCUACCAUUUACCGAGGUUGACGAUGAUCAAAAGUCGGAGUACGAUAGUCUUAUUAGUGAUGUGUAACUUUUUAUUUCACGUUUUUAGCUAUCCUCGACUAUAGAUAGAAGAAUGGGACUCACACAGGCGUCGGCGUCACACUAAUGUGCAAAUUGGUAUCUCGAAAGUUUCUGAAGGGAAACUUCAUACACCUAUUUGAGAGCAUAAUACAUUGUAGGUCACUAACAAGGGCCUAUAACUCUAACAUGAAUUUGACAGAAUUACUGCCCUUUUUCAACUUAGAAAAUUGUACAUUACCCAAGCUCUUGUUUUACUGUGGUCGAUGGGGCUGUCCUACCGACAGCAUUUGUUAACAUAUGCUCUAAUGGUUCAUUCAAUAUAGAAAAAAACUUUUUUCUUGCACCUGAAAACAUGAUGUAUAUAGGAAGGUUUAGUAAAUGUUCUAUACACUUUUUAGUUUAAAAGAUAUUUGAAUAAAUUACUUUGAUUUUAGUUAAGUUUAUUUUCGUACAUGGAGUUUGGUUUUGUGGAACAUUUUAUUUGUUCAUGCACAUUAGGAUAUAAAAUAUAAAAGAUAAAGAUGGGUAUGAUUUUUCAAUUCAUUUUUUCUUCACCAUCAAUAACAUGUAGGAGUUGAUGGCAUAUUUACAGAAAACGGCAUCCGGAUUUAAAAAAGAAAAAAUAGACCCCAUAAAAGAAACUAUGUAAACACAAUUAAUCACACAAUGGGUUCAAAGUCAUAAACUAUUUUUCCCUCUAGAGAAACAAAGCUUUAUUUUUUUAUGUCAAUGCUCAUAAAUUUUAUAUAAUGCUAAUGGCUUUACAUACUGUACAUACGCGCAUUUCUGCUUUUGCUUAUAUUUGUUAGUCAUGGCGGAUUGUUAAACUGUUUUUCUUGUAAAGGACUUAUACUGUAGUAAUAUUAACUUUUAAUAAAGUGCAUGUAUUGAAA